AUGAUGCCACGCCACCUACGCGCAGCCGCGGAGGUGCGGCCCGAUGCGGAGGUGAACCCGAAAAAUGAGGUGGGGGAGAGGGAUGAAGAAAAGCUGAGGAAAGGGCCCGUCAUGUCUCGCGCGGCGCGUCGCCGCGCGAAGAAGCCGCCAGUGACGGUGACGUCGGAGAUGCGGGAGGCGGCGCGGGAGAGGCUCCGGGAGUUGCGCAGGCACCUUCGCCUGCUGAAGUCCAAUGGGGGGCGCCGGAAACUUGCCAAGGUGCGGGCGGAGAAGCGGGGGCGGGAGACCACCGCCGCGGAGGAGGCGUGCGGCCACCUCAGCGAGGACGCCAGACCGCUGAAGAAGCAGCGGCGCGAGUGA